AUGAUGUGGCAUCUUCUACUUCUGUCUUUCAUCUGUACAAUUAAUACAAUCCAUGGCGAUAGUGUACGUUAUCCAGCGAUUUUCAUUCCAGGCAAUGGCGGUUCACAGAUAUGGGCACGAUUAAAUCGUACGUCACCUCCACCGCACUUCUUUUGUGCGCGUAAAUCGAACUGGUUUGAAUUAUGGCUUGAUAUUCGACUGCUGCUUCCAGAAGUCAUUGACUGCUUCGUCGAUAACAUGAGGUUGACAUACAAUUCAACAACGAAGAAAACAUCAAAUUUAGAGGGCGUAGAAGUCCAAGUGCCUGGCUUUGGUCAUACGUCAACGAUAGAGUUUUUCGACUCGUCAGGGAUUGGUUAUUCAUCUUAUUUUGCACCUAUUGUGAAAAGUCUUGUUGCACUUGGUUAUACGCGAGGAGUCGACUUACGUGGAGCACCGUACGAUUUCCGUCGCGGUCUCGACGAACAACAGGAAUAUUUUGAAAAUUUAACUAAACUAGUUAUCGAAACAUACGAGCAGAACAAUCAAACGAAAAUCGUGUUUGUAACACAUAGUAUGGGAGGUCCAUUUGCUUUGUAUUGGCUCCAUCAACAGACUCAAAAGUUUAAAGAUAAAUAUAUUCAAUCAAUGAUUAAUAUAGCUGCACCUUGGGGCGGAGCAAUCAAAGCGCUUCGUCUAAUGGCCAGUGGUGAUAAUAUUGAUGUCUAUGUCGUUUCUCCGAUCCGCGUUCGUCCAUAUCAACGUUCCGCACCAUCAACAGCAUUCGUUAUGCCUAGUGUGAACUUCUGGAAAGAUGACGAAGUUGUCGUCGUCUCUCCCAGCCGAAAUUAUACAGUACAUGAUUACAAAGCUUUCUUCGAUGAUAUCAAAUAUCCAACCGGGUACGAAUACUGGAUCAACAACAAAGAUUUGCUUAACGAACUAAAACCACCUGAAAUUGAGCUACACCAAAUAUAUGGUUCACAAAUGCCAACUCCGGGCGUACUUUUAUACAAUAAUCGUACAUUCCCAGAUUUACAGCCGGUGGUUUUGCCUGAUAAUGGUGAUGGAACGGUCAAUAUUCGAAGUCUGCUCGGAUUUAAAAAUUGGGAAGGAAAACAAAAACAAGAUAUUCAUUCAACUGAACUACCCGGUGUGGAACAUCUAGCUAUCUUGAAACAUCCAACAACGAUCAACUAUGUUGUGCAAGUGUUAUCUGGACAGUUUAAUAAGGAAAAAUAA